CGACAACUGAGUGAUUCUGGUGGGAGGAAGCAAGAGAGAGAGGAAAAUGAAAGGCCGUGCCCGAGUAAGGAGAACAAAGAACGUAAACAGCGUAUACGUAGGCUUAGGCUGGAUUCUGAUGUUGAGAGUUGAAACGCCAACUCAGACUUCAGACUGCUGAGUGCAGAGUAAGUACCGAGUACCGAGUAUUCCGAGUACUGAGCACUUAAAUACUUAGACGAGACUCAGUAUUUACCCGGGAUUGCGGAUAUAUAGUUAUAAGUUAUAAGUGAAAAAUAGGGUAAAUAAUUUAAUGGUAAUGGUAAUUUAAAGAGUAAAGGGCAUUAAGUUUUAUUUUGCCGUGAGCAUGAGAACUGCUUAUGCUGGCGUACAAGAAGAAAUGAAGAAAUGCCGUACCCUUACCAUACCUAGAACUCUCAAGGCUUCUUUAAAAGUGUUACGGUGAACGAUUCACUGGCUCUCGUGUGACUCAGUACCCAGCACCCAAUAUCCAGUUCCAUACUUGUUACUCUGCUAGUUAACGUCCAAGAACUGUUGCUUUACAUAUUUUUACCCGGUCACUGUGUUAUGUGUAUUUACAUUUUAUUAAUAUAUUUUAAUAACGGCGUAUUAAUAUACGAUUUACUUCAAUGAACUUGUGUCAUUGAUAAGUCAAUUGAUUAAUUGGUCAUUUUUAUUUCUAGUGUGUUUUAUAAAUAAUAUUCAUUGUUUUUAAUAAUAAUGUAAUAGAUUUGAAUUUGUGAAAAUGGAAGAUGCUAAUUGGUGAGAUUUUAUGUUUAAUGGAGAUUGAAACAAGAAAGAGAGAAAAAUUAUAAAGAAAAAUGUCUAAGGAAUGUAGAUAUUUUGUCCAGCAUGUUUGGAAAGAAGAUUUGUGUGUGAACUGUUUUAAAUCACGCGAAGAUCACCAUAAAUUAUUGAAGGAGCGCUCGAAGAUUUAUGUUCCCUCGCCGGAGAUAUUAAAUUUCAAGAGUAUUUUAAGAGAAACUGGCAAGCAGACAGAUCUGCCUAGAAAAAGUGUCGACUUUCCGGAAGCACUAACAGAAGUAAUCGGUUACGGCGGAGACUACAUCUACAGCGAUGAAGAAUCCGAAUCUGAGUGCUACGACCAAGAGAAAUCAAAACCAGAUGAGCAUGUGUCAGAAAACGACGAGGAUCGUGCAUUGAGCAACCUGACGCGUGCAAACACCAACUUUAAUCGCACAACAGCGAACAUUGUAGACGCGCCAUCAGCCCCGCCUUCAUCUUCAUCGUCUUCUUCCUCGCUGUCCACGUCAACGGAGGCCAAGGUGUUGCCCAACUUGAUGCUUGGAACUCCUCAGAAGGGAAACGAUGGGAAGAAAACAACCCUCCUGGUAUCCGUGACGCCUUUCAAGUCCGACAGCGCUGUCGGGCCCGCGAAACUAGAUCGAGAUUGGCUGGAUCGUGACGUGACUGGAAAGAACUGGAUGGAUAUGACUGCAACGACUGCCAUAACAGAUAAAAAAGCUAAAAUAGUGCUCGAUAAAAUCGUAGACAUGCCGCUGAUUGAGUCGAAUAACUUGAUAUCGAUGACUAAGAAGCUUACUUGUGAUAAACCCGAGAUUAAAUACUCAAAGCCGGUGGAUUUGGGCAAGCAAACAGUUGAUAAAGGAUUUAAAAGCCAUAAUGAGACGACUAGUAAUCAUAAUCAAGUAAUUGUAAACAAAGAGUCUGUAAAUAGUGAAGAGAUUGCCAUUCCUGAUUUAGGUGAACGUACUAUUGAAGGAGAGUCGACUGUUGUUGAGUCUGAGAAUGUUAAAAAGGAGACUAACCACGACGGUGAUAAUAGUAAUGAUCAAGACAAAAGUAUACUUAAUGGUAAUGGUAAUAAUAAUGAUAAUGAUAAUGAUGAUAAUAAUAAUAAUAAGAGUAAGAAUAAGGAUUGUGAUGUUAAUGACAAUAAUGUUAAUGAAUUAUUAAUGGAAAAUAGUAGGGAAGAUGCUGGAGCGCCGGAUGGUAAGGCUGCGGAUGAUGAAACCUCGGAAUCUUCUUGUUCACUCACUCAUGUUUCCACAAUACCGCGCAGCUCGUUUCUUCACGGAGAAACUACCAAGUCUGUUAGUAGUUCAAAGUCUGCUGAUGAUGAAGUGUUGUCAGAUAGUUGCAAGAAUAAGAAUUUUACCACGGAAAUAACUUCGAGUGAAGACGAUAAGUUGGUUGCCAAGGAAACAGUAAAAACAAAAGUUACUGGAAAAAGAAAAAGUCACGAUUGCGGCAGCCAAAGACGGCAAGCGCCGAAACCUCCAGAUCAAAUGGAAGAAGAGUCGCUGAGUACUUUGUUCGCGAGAAACCCUGUAACGAGUGUUAAGUCUGAUAGCCCGGUUGUGAGGGAAAAAGAAAAACGGGAGCGAGCUACGUCUUGCAGUCCAAAGUUCAGUCGCACUGAGGAUGACGAGUCUAUGAAUAAUCCGACUUAUUCUGGUCAUAUCAAUAAUGAUACUUCUCGAAAAAGUGUUUCAUUGUCUGAGUAUAGUUUGAAUUCAUACUCGCGUGAGUCAUUAGCGGGUGAUAACGCGGUUCAAGACCGAGACAAGAAAAAAGGCAAGUCUAGAUUUUCGUUGAAGAAGUUACUGAGGAUUGGGGCUUCUAGGAAGGAGAUGAAUAUUACGACUUGCUCGCAUACCUUCGCUGAGAUCUUUGAUGAUGACAGUGGGAGCAUUAAAAUAACACCCAGUCCAAGUUCAAGUCCGCGAGAACAAGCUAAUUGUAAGUCCAGGCCUGAAAUCAUUCAUCCGCUGGAAUUCAAUGGCGCGGCUGUUGAAGUAUUGCGUCAUCACAAGCUAAUUAAUAGUCCGAAUCAAUCUUCCGGUCGCACUGACGCCUGUCCUGAUAAAUCCCGUUACUCCCAGACUGUUGCACACUUGGGAAAGCCACCAUCACCGCCGAAGAAUAUUCAGCCUUCAAAAAAUUACUUACACUCACUGAUGAAGAAAACAAAUCCCUCGCCCCCACUGAAAGACCACAAGAAACUAGACGAAAAUUGGAAAGCUUCAAAUAAUUUGACAAACGAUGCUAUUUACGCAAACCUAGCGGCGGAGGAUGUUGCAGGUGAGGUGAGGAGUGGCAUUGCACCCUCUAAGCCUCAGCGAACCUCCAGCAUGAGGAGUGUACAAUCUCAGUCAGUCAGGAAGUCUGAUGAUGAUGAUGAUACGAGUCACAACGCCAAUAUUGACACUGUCGAUUCAUCUCGGGGAGAAGAAAAUCAAAUUAAUAAUUAUUUUAAUUCUACCGAAAAUGAUUUAAAUACUAAAAAAAAUGAAGACAAUGAGCGACAAUGGAAAAAUCAUUUCGAGUCAUGUCUCCGACAACGACGAGGUCGUAAUAUUUUCCACCGGAAUCUUGAAGAUAAUUACAACGCGUUGGUUAUCGCAAAUCAUGAAUCUCUUGCUCAAUUAUUCCAACAAUUAGUGCAAGAAAAUCAAUUAUCAGUUUCAUGUAUCAAGAGAACGAAUCUCCAAUUAAAUGAAUUUAAUAUAAAUGUAGAUACGAUUAAAAAAAUCGGCUGCAGAAUUUUUUGUUCAGCGAUCUGGAAUAGCAAUCAAGUUAUACUGUGCUUCUCAUCUGGUGGUCUAACUUCUCUCCCGACUUAUAGGGAAUUUUUUAUCGUUCCUUUGGUUGAAUUCGUCGACUCACUUCCAGAUAAUUUAUUCAAUAAUUAUACCGAGGAUAUUUCACACGAAAAUGUGACUGUAUCCGUUUUAACGUACACCCAAGUGGCAACUAUUUCAUCUUACGUCACGUCGAUUCGUCAAAAUUGCGAAAAUAUCUUUCAACAAAGUUGUCUAGUUCUUUUGCAAUUGGUAAAUGCAUUGAAGAACCUUCAAGCGAGGGGUAUUGAAGAAUUUCCAAAGAGUUUAAGUAACGUCGUACUUUGCCAAGAGGAAAAGACCUUAUCCUGGCGAUUAUAUCUUCUUCAAAACUUACAUAUCGACGUUAAUGAUGGUGAAGAUUGCGCAUCUCUGUGUCAAUGUGCCUUGGAAGCUCUAAAAAUGCUUGAUUUAACGAACAAAUUUCCUAUUAUUAAACAACUAUUAAUUCGUGAGAGAGCCGUCAGCCUUUCUCAGGUAAAAGCGGUGCUGGAAUACUCACUGUGGGGUCCACCGCAUUCAGUCCUCGGAGCCUUAAAGGAACGCGAAGUUAUUUUGCAGCGAUGGCUGGAUCUUGAACGCGCAAAUCUUCUUCACGCUCUAAUUAAAAAGCACACACCGCUCACAGUUUCAGAUGAGUACCAACUGGCAUUUUUGAUCCACACAACUGGAAAAAUAAUGUGCGAAGCAUCUGUGCUUCUUGACCAACAAAACUCUGACAGCAAAAUUUAGCUUUAAAUAUUUAUAUAUAUAAAUUAUGCUCAAUUAAAAUUGUUACUGAAAUUAUAUUGUUAUCUUUAUCUGUUAAUUUAUUAUUAAUUUUUUUUAAUCAUUUUAUAUCAAAUAAAUGACUGAUUUAUAGUUUA